AUGCCGAAACGAUUCGUAUUCACAACUCUCACCCCUCUGCCCGAAGGCAUAACGAGGGAGACCGUCAUGGAAACACUUCGAUCGCAUACCGAGAUGAUCGACCUCAACCCUCUCGUGAUCGAGCGCCAUCCGAUCAAGCCCCCGCCAGAUGCCACCGCCGAGGAGUACCACUGUCUUUGGUACUCGCUCACUGACCGCGUUCAUUAUCUUCCCGGGGGCCUGGCAAGUGGACAGGUGAGCUACACAUGCUGUUUCCACGACCUGAAGGAUGGGCUCCAGACACACUGCUAUGCGCCCCUUGGCCUGGACAUCAAAGGAAAAUGGACCUUGGGGGGCUCUUUACCCGGAGAGCUGAUUGCGCCCGUGGAAAUAGGAAUCGGGGCGCCACUACACGGGCUAUGGCUGCGCGAGGAUGUCGAUAUGCGCUGCAACAUAAUGAUGGGGGGGUUCGUCAAGAAGACACUGAAGAAGGCACACUCGCAUCUAGUCGGCCGCCUCAUAAUGAAAUCCCAACUCCAGUCAGCAUCGGCCAAGAACCAGGCUCUGAACGCCCAGAGCAUCGCGUUUGCAGGGCCGCAAGCCUCUACCGAGGAUGAGCCGAGUGAAUACGAAUCUCAAAGCAUAGCAGGGAAAUCUAUGGGACACACCAGCACACAUUCGAACUUGCAAGGCCCGGAUAUGUUCCAAGCGAAACGGAUCAGCGACAGUUACAGCCAAAAGAGCUACGGGCCCGGAAGUGGCUCUGGGCACUGGAGUAUGCCGAGCCCAAGGAUGCCUCCAACGCAGAGCUACGGCCACAGUCAUAACAGCUUCGGCUCUGAACAGUCUGAUGGGAGGAACAGCGACGACGAAAGUCUGUAUCCGGCUGGGCUCAACAUCAGGAACACGGGCGGUUCAGGGUCGGAGAAAAAACCAUCACCGGAUCCGGCGGCCGGAGGACAGCCCCCGGGUGAGAGGCUUUCGUGGCAGAAUUUGCCGCCGAAACAGAGCCCGAAAAUAACUGUGUCGGAGCCGGAGUAUUUGCUGCCGGCGACUGCGUACCGACCGCCGCCGUCGCAAAGGCGGAAGGCAGCGGCGCACAAGACAGCGGCGUAUGGAGGCCAGAAUCACAUUGCUGAGCUUGAAUAG